GCUGGAACUGCGUAAGAACAUCAUAUUCACACUGAGUCAACAUGAUAUAAUAUUGGAAAUAGGUGCCAAAUUUAAAACAUUUGCUUAAAUUCAUGGACAGAAAUUGCUAUUUGCAAUAAAACCUGUUGUGCCUGGCAAUGUGAAUUGCACACUGCUCUCGUGCCUCAAAUAAAGAGCACGCGAAGGCUUCUCAAUGAAUCACUUUCUCUGAGCAAGAUGAGUGUGAACAUCCCAGGCGUUGCGAUGAUGGUGCUUUUCUAUCUGCUGGUGCUGGGCACUGGCAUCUGGGCCGCCACCAAGACCAAGCGGUUGCGUAAGAACAAGCAGGCAAAUCAGAUGGACGUUGCGCUGCUGGGAAAUAGAGGGAUACAUCUGGCGGUGGGAGUUUUUACCAUGACAGCGACAUUCACUGGCGGAGGAUUCGUUGUUGGGCUGACUGAGAUGGUUUACACUCCAGACUUUGGCCUGGCCUGGGCUGUCAUGCCAAUCACAAUCAGCUCUUCUUUUAUAAUAGGGGGAGUUUUCCUCGCCAAGCCAAUGAGAGACAGAAAAUAUGUGACAAUGAUGGACCCAUUUCAUGACAAAUAUGGAAAGGUAAUCAGCGGAGUGUUUUCUGUUGCACUGAUGUUGACUGAUCUAGUCUGGGUGCCGUCAACUCUCAUGGGCUUGGGCGCAUCGAUGAGCGUGAUCCUGGAUUUACCAUACACACACUGUAUCUGGAUUUCGGCAACAGUCUCCAUUAUCUACACGUUGCUGGGUGGGCUCAUUUCUGUAGCCUACACAGAUGUCGUUCAACUGACCCUCAUGUUUGUUGGAAUGUGGAUAUGCGUCCCUUUCCUGCUCACGAACCCCUAUUCAGAUGACAUCUCUACGACCGCUUUAAACUUCACCUACCAGGCCCCAUGGGUCAGUUCCGUUGACUCAGACAAAAUAUGGACUUGGAUUGAUCAAACUUUGUUGCUGAUUUUUGGAAACUUGGCUUGUCAAGACUACUACCAGAGGGUCCUGUCAGCAUCUUCCUCAGCCACAGCGAGGCUGGUCAACUUCCUAGCUGCUCCCAUCGUCAUCCUCUUUUCAAUCCCAUCGAUCUUGAUUGGCGCGGUUGCAGCAUCCACAGAUUGGAAUAAGACGGCGUAUGGAUCACCAUCUCCAUUGGAACGUGGGGAGACCAGUCUUAUCAUGCCCAUUGCUUUGCAGCAACUCACCCCAAGUUUCAUAUCCAUUGUUGGUAUUUCUGCAACAACUGCUGCUGUGAUGUCAACAAUUGACUCACUUCUACUGGCAGCAGUUUCUCUCUUUGUGUCCAACAUUUACAAGAGUAUCUUAAGGACGAAGGCAUCUGAUAGGGAAGUACAGUGGGUGAUCCGGAUCAUGACGCUGGUAAUUGGCCUCACAGGCACAUCCCUCGUCUUCCUCGAGGCCAGCAUUAUGUCAUUGUGGGUCCUUGGCUCCAGCAUCACCUAUGUCUUUAUGUUCCCUCAACUCAUUUGCGUCCUCUUCUUCGACAUCUCCAAUGGCUACGGUGCCAUGGCGGGUCUCUUGGUCAGUGUGGUGCUGCGACUGCUGAGCGGCGAGACGUCUUUAGGGUUACCUGUCACCCUCCAUUUCCCAGGAUGCACACUUGAAAACGGAGUAUAUGUGCAGCAUGCACCUGUUAGUACUAUAUGCAUGCUGUGUAAUUUUAUCUCCACUUUGUUGGUCUCUUACCUGGCUUCACUGCUGUUCAAUAAAGGUGUGAUUCCAGAGAGAUUUGACAUAUUGCAGGUGAAAACCCGACAGUCACCACAGAUUCUCAUGUUAGCGAGCAGUGAUACUGUUGGAAACCACAAGGACGAGACACCUGGAGCUCAAAAUGAAAAUGAAAUCAUGUUGGAUGAAUCAUGUGGCAAUAAUUGAAAAAAAUCAACUUGGCUAAGUCAGA